AGAUGUUUGGAUUAUAAUUUAAAAUAAUAUGUUUAAGAUAAUAAAACAUGAUAUAAAAUCAAAGCAUAUACUAUACCAUGUUAUUUGGAACGUUAGACGUGAAAAUGCGAUUUAAGAACGUGUCAAAAUAGCAUUCUUUAAAUAGCGACCUAGUAGCAGUAUUAAAGUUAAUUGUCAAAAACGAUAAUGAUUUCUUGAGAAAAUGUGGUCAGUUCUUUUAAGUGUUGUUAAAUAAAAUUUUACUUAUUGCGUCAAAUGUAAGUUCUUUUAAUGCUCUUUAUCGAUUACUGUACCUACAUCAGAAAUGAAAAAUAGUAAUGGCCAAAGUAGACACAUAUCUUAAAAUGGAAUUAUCACACAGUCUCAUCUUAAAUGAAGAUGCUCUUAAGCAAAUUCCAGCUGCUAAGAAAACUGUUUUCAUUUUUGAAUGGCUUAGAUAUCUAGAUAAAGUGUUAAUUGCUGCCCAGAAAAACGACAUAAAAGGAUGUCAGAAAAAAUUAGUGGAACAGUUGACCAAUCUUAUUCAGGAAUCACCAGGGCCCCCCACUCGAAAACUAAUAGCAAGAUGUCUUGCCACAUUAUUUUCAGUGGGAGAUACUUUCUUACUUUUUGAUACUGUCAAUACUUGUAAUGAUAUAUUAAAAAACAAGGAUGAUUCACCUAGUUUCUUGUCUACAAAACUAGCUGCUAUAUGUUGUAUGGGAUCUAUGUAUGAAAAAUUGGGAAGAAUGAUGGGAAGAUCAUAUGAAGAAACAGUACAAAUUUUGGUAAGGUCUCUUAGAAAUGCAGAAUCCCAAAUGAGAAUUGAAAUUAUGUUAACUCUAGAAAAAGUUUGUGCUGGCAUGGGAGGAGCUAUUACAAAUGUCCAUAAGGAAAUAUAUAAAUCAGCAAGAAAUUGCUUGAUUGACCGUGUAAUGGCUGUACGUUGUGCUGCUUCUAAAUGUUUGUUAGAGAUGUUAAACCAUUCUCCAUUUUUAUAUACAACAGAGUUAGAGAGCCUUGCAACUUUAUGUUUCAGAGCGUUUGAUGGCUCAAAUUAUGAAGUUCGUUGUGCUGUUGCUAAACUGCUAGGAACUUUAAUAGCCACAACCCAACAAACAUUUAAAAAUAAUCAAAUUGGUAAGUUGUUUAAAAUUAUAAGUUCUAAGUUAAAUUUAAUAUUUUACCUAUAUUUAGCUCCACAAUUAAAAGGUUUAAAAUUGGUUUCUUUGGAUGAAGCAUUAGGAAUUUUGAUGCAGGGAUUUCUGAGAGGUGGUGUAGGAUUUUUGAAAGGCACCGGUGAAAUUAUUAAAGGUAGUUCAGGAGUGAAUAGAGAAGUUCGAGUAGGAGUAACACAUGCAUAUGUUGUUUUUGUACAAAUUCUUGGUGGAGUUUGGCUGGAAAGAAAUAUGAAGACUUUGCUUUCUCAUAUUCUUUAUCUUGUUGCCAACCCAAAAGCUGCCUCUUCCCACGUUGAUGCAGUUUAUUCUCGAAAGUGUGUCAAUUUCAUUUUAAGAAGUAUUCUGGGAAAGAUGCUUGGGGAGAAAGCUCAAACUUCUGCUUGUAAAGAAAUCGCUCAUAUAAUUGUUAAAGAAAUGGCCUCAAUCGAUUUUAACCCUGAAAAUGCAAAAGAUUUUAAUCAAGAAACGUUGUUCAGUCAGCACUUGUUAGUUUGUGCCCUUCAGGAAAUCGGAUGUCUCGUGUUAAGUCUGGGAACUACUGCGCAUGACCUAAUUACGGAUUCGUCUUUAAAUUUAAUUAACGCAGCGGUUAGUGUUUUAAUUCACCCUUGUCAAGCAGCUAGAUUAGCAGCAGGAUGGUGUUUGAGAUGCAUUUGUGUAGCAGUUCCUAGUCAAACAACUCCAUUAAUCGAUCGAUGUAUUAACGCUAUUGAAGAUCUGAGAACUUCAUCCGAGGCCAUUUCUGGAUAUAGUGCUGCAUUGGCUGCAGUUCUAGGAGGUGUUCACUUGUCACCUUUGGGUGUACCGCAUACAAAAGGGAAAGUGGUUUUUAAUACUGCAGAAGAAUUGCUCAGAAGUGCUAGUCAGAAUAGUAGGUUGUCAAUUAAUAGAACACAAGCAGGUUGGCUAUUAAUAGGAGCUAUAAUGACACUAGGUGUUCCGGUUGUACGAGGUCUUCUUCCAAGGAUGUUAUUACUUUGGAGAAAUUCUUUUCCUAGGUCUACAAAGGAACUUGAAUCUGAAAAGGCUAGAGGUGAUGCUUUCACUUGGCAAGUCACUCUGGAGGGUCGAGCAGGAGCCCUUUCUGCAAUGCAUAGUUUUAUUCUAAACUGUUCUGAACUUGUUACUGAAGAUGUUGUAAAACGACUUCUUGUUCCUAUAGAAUCUGCUUUAGCCAUGUUGGUAAACAUUUCUAAUGUUCUUAAGAGUUAUGGACAACAACUAAAAGCAUCAGCUGCAAUGGUUCGUUUAAGACUAUAUGAAACGCUAGUUUUACUUCCUGCUCAAUCGUUUGAAAGUUCAUACACCCAUUUGCUGAGAAUGUUGGUUGCCGAGUUUACACUAACGGAAAAUCAAGCAAAUACUACAACUUCUCAACUAAGAACAAUGUGCCAUGCUGACGAUUCAGUUAUUUUAGGAACAUGGUUGCAAGAAACCGAUCAUAGAACGAUUGAAGAUCAGAUGGAGCCUAAUCGCAGAGCUGAUGGUGAACACCUUCAGCCCAAUAGUGCUGCUGGAUCAGGAGCAUUGGAACAUGAUAUUUGUUGCCUGUACAGGCCCUUACAUUUGGCAGAACUAAUCCCUGGACCUUUACCAUUAGGCGUAGCAGUAAUUGACAUGUCAGUAUCAUUAUUUGGUCAAAUAUUUCCCCGUGUUGCAAACAAGCAUCGUCUUCAGAUGGUAGAUCAUUUUGCAGAGUGCAUUAAACAUGCAAAAAGUUCUCGGCAAGAGGCAAUACAAAUGAAUGUAUUUACAGCAAUUCUGAGUAGUCUCAAAUGCCUAACUGAAGCAAAAAUGAGCUUAGGACAAGACGAAGUCAAAAAAGCGGCAACAGCUCUUAUAGUAGGAGCUCUUACAUCUUCUAAUCCGAUACUUAGAUGCGCUUCUGGUGAGGCGGUUGGUAGAAUGGCCCAAGUCGUAUCAGAUUCUAGGUUUACCGCCGAACUCGCUCAAAAUAGUUUCGAUAAAUUGAAAACUGCGAGGGACGUUGCUAGUCGUACUGGUCAUUCAUUGGCCCUUGGUUGUCUUCACAGAUAUGUCGGAAGUAUGGGUUCUAGUCAACAUUUGAACACAAGCGUUUCUAUUCUUUUGGCUCUAUCACAAGAUACUACUUCACCAGUAGUUCAAGUUUGGGCUUUGCACGCUCUUGCCUUAAUUUCUGAUUCUGGAGGUCCAAUGUUUAGAGGAUAUGUAGAACCUACGUUGUCUAUAUGUUUAAAAUUACUUUUAAACGUUCCCCAGUCGCAUAUAGACAUUCACCAAUGUAUAGGGAAGGUACUUUCAGCUUUGAUUACUACCGUUGGUCCUGAAUUACAAGGAACUACUUCCGGGGUUUGCCUGACCAGAUCUUCCUUCUUAUGUGCUUGCGCCAUCAUGCAAGAUCAUCAAGAUCCUCUUGUUCAAGCCGAAGCCACGGGAUGUUUGCAACAGCUACACCUUUUCGCCCCUAGACAUGUGAAUUUGUCCUCGUUAGUCCCCAACCUUUGCAGAACUUUAUCAAGUAAUCAUUUGCUACUACGUAAAGCUGCAGUUUCUUGUUUGCGUCAGUUAGCUCAGAAGGAGGCCAAAGAAGUAUGUGAGCAUGCUAUGACAUUGGCUAGCGAAAGUAGGGACUCUAAUACAGUUGAAGGUCUCUUGAUAACUGAAUCUGGAUUGCCUGGGGUAUUAUUUAGCAUGCUAGAUACCGAAACAGAUGCAGGAUUAAUUAAAGAUAUACACGACACACUUACUAGCAUGCUUCAGAUGUUAGCAGCUGAUAAUUUAUCUCAGUGGCUUGGUCUCUGCAAAGACGUUCUGACAAUUGCUGCAGAUUCUUCUGAAGAUCAAAUUAGUGUAGCAGGUAAUGAAGGUGAAGAAAACGAAGAGGGAGAAGCUGAUGAUCAAGCAGAAUUUCAUACGGAAGAAGAUAAUACACAUACAUUAGUGCAACCCAGAUGGCCAACUCGUGUAUUUGCAGCCCAGUGUGUUCGAAAAAUCAUUGCUGCUUGUGAAUAUAACAAUAAAAGUGCUCACUUUGACUUAAUUCAAGCAAAAGAAAUGCAGUUUAAUAAAAGCCAAUGUGAUUUUCUGGUCUUACAUCUGUCUGACCUUAUAAGAAUGGCUUUUAUGGCUGCUACAAGCAAUUCAGAUCCUUUAAGAUUGGAAGGUCUGAAAACAUUACAGGAAGUUAUAGAAAAGUUUGCCAAGGUCCCUGAACCUGAAUUUCCAGGACAUCCUCUUUUAGAACAGUUCCAAGCACAAGUGGGUGCAGCUUUACGCCCUGCGUUCGCUCCGGAGACUUCUUCGCACGUUACCGCAGCGGCAUGUGAAGUUUGUUCAGCUUGGAUUGGUUCAAACGUUGCCCGAGACUUGAAUGAUUUACGUAGAGUCCACCAGUUGUUGGUAUCGUCGUUGGAUAAACUUCAGAACAGAAGUAACUCAUCUCAACUUUACAAUGAAAGCAUGACAACACUAGAAAAGUUAUCAAUUCUAAAGGCAUGGGCUGAGAUUUAUAUUGUUGCUAUGAAUGGUAAUGGUACAGCCCCUGGUUGUACUGCUCUGGGUAAUUCAACUAAUAAUAAUACUGAUGAUGAUUUUGGGGAUUUUGAGUACAAAGGGGAAAGUUUAUUGGCCCUUGUGCAACCAGAAUUAGUUAAUUUAUCUCAACACUGGUUAGCAGCCCUUAGAGAUCACGCCCUGUUGUCUCUUCCCGCUGAGUUCGGAAGUCAGUUACCACACGAUGGCGGGGCCUUUUAUACCAACGAUACUAUGGAAUCUUCAAGACCGCAUUACGCUGCUACUUGGCCUUCUAUUUUACAUGCUGCUGCCCUUUGGUUGAACGCCGGUGGCUAUGAAACUUUGCAGAAUCCUCCCACGUCGACUAACGAUAAUGAAAAUAUAAACAACGACAACGCUAAUAAUAACCAAUCACUUGAUUCAGGAUCUGACAAAUUUCACUUACUUUUUGGUAUUUGCAUGGAGGCACUAUGUUCUCCGAGGUCAGUCGAGCCCCUAGAAAGUAUAAUAACUUGUUUACAAGCUCUGUACACCCUCUUGGAUUCCCCAUGGGCAAGAAAUUUAUUAAUGGUCGAUAGAACUCUAGGAAUAGAACUUUGUAACGUUUUGCACAGGCUUCUGCUCACUAGAGAUAACCAUUCUGCUCAACUGUUAUGCAUGUUGGUAUUAAAACAAGUUAUAAGAGCUGCACAAGAAGAUUUAGACCAACAGAAAAGCGAAAGGCUGCAAGAAAAUCCAACAAAUGAUAAUGAAAGCAAUACAACAAUAAGUAUAGAUUUAUUAGGAGAAGGAGGUGACACUGGAGAAAUCAUACCAGGAAAGUCAUUAGUUUUUGCUGUAUUGGAAGUAUGCUUGUGUCUUCUAGUCAGGCAUCUACCUGCGUUAAGUCCAAAUCCUAACUCAACUAUUGUUACCACACUCAAAGUGACACAUCCUACAGAAGAUGCAAGCAGAUUAAUAGCGGCUGCAUUUUCUAGUUUGGAAGUCUUGCAGAAGUUGUGCUCUCCAAAAGGUGCAGUAUCAGUUUUACCCACCGUUCUUUUCCUCACAACUGGAGUCAUAAAGGAAGUGGCCACGAAGAAUGUAAAUGAUAACACAAUACUAGCAAAUAGUGCUUCUGUACAGUCCGCGUUACAUUGCCUGAAAACACUAACUACCGAUUUAUACUGUACAAAUCCCAUAAGUAAUGAAAGUUGGCAAAAACUGUUACAAAGCGCCUUGGCAAAAAUAAUCGACUUGGCAAAAACUGGAAGUGAUGAAAAUAAAUUAGACGAAGUAACAAUAAUGAUGGCUAUUGCCGUUUUUGUUCUUCAUGCUCCUUCUUCUGUGGUUACCGCUCCCAAUUUAUUAUACCCAUGUAUUAAUCAUUUUCGGCAGUGUUUCCAAAAUUCUAACGUCAAUGUCCGUUUGAAGUGUGUUCAGACUUUAAAAUCGAUAUUUAAUCACAGUGAUCGUGCUGUAGCAACCCCUUAUAUACACGCACUUGCUGGCAGAUUGGUUGAAUUUUUAUAUACAGAUGCGGCAAAAACAGUUACAUCCAAUGACGAAUUGACCCUUACCCUGGAGAUUGUCACAGCUGUAGAAACGUUGAUAGCCCUGGUUGAACCACAAAAUCGUGUCCAAAUGCUUUCUCUCUUAGUUCCAGUACUGAUAAGUUAUUUGAUGGACAGACAAGCUUUAAAUUCUUCUAAUAAAUACUCAUUACUUCUUCAUGAAACUAGCUUGCAGUGGUUGAUAAAAAUUGGUCCAAAAUAUUCACAGGAAUUUAAACGUCUAAUGAGUCAGUCUGUCGAAUUAAGAACAAGAUUGGAAAAUGCAAUAAAGCAGAAUCAACAGUCUGAUAGAAUAAAGAACGAACCUAAUUUUAAUAAACCAAUUGUAAACCACACACCUUCCAUAAAACUAAAAAAAGACUUCAGUAAUUUCAACUAAUUCAUUCUAUUAGGUGCCUAGCUUGAAUAGUUGCUCUAAAAUUAUAAGAAUCUCAAAAACAUUUUGUAAACACAUCGAGGUUUAUAGAUUCAUUAGAUAGAAAAGGAAAUAAGGUUUUUGAAACUUGAUUGAUUUUAAUAAUUUAAUGUUUAUAGGUGAAAGGGUAUUGCAUUGACUUUUCCUCAAGAAAUUUCGUUUGUAUAGACAUUCUCAAAUUUAAAGUUACGGUAUUGUUUUCUCUUUUUAUUCAAGGAAAGAUGAUAAGGAAAGUAAAAAGAAGUAAUUUAUAUAAGUAUCUAGUCUUGUGUAGUGUUAGAUUGUAACUAUAAAAUCGUUGGUUACUAAGUAAACUAAUGAAAUUCUGAAAAAUACGAGAUCGUAAAGCAUUUACUGUUUGCAUAUGGAAAUACGGUUUUAUUUUAACUAAAUUCAGUUUUACUUGGCAAAAAAUAAACAUAAUUUUUACUUAUUACUAUAUGCAACGAAUUAUUUAUGUAUUAAAAAUCGUAAAACAUUAAUAUUUGAACUUGACAGUGCAAUAUGAGGAAUACAUGCAUUUCAGAUAAAUCCUUUUCAUUUUUAUGAGUUAACAAUAUCGAAAAAGCAAUAUAUUAUUCGCAAUCCAGAAAUAUAAUAAAACUAAAGUAAGCGUAUGUACCAAAAUUAUUAUAUGAUCGUUAGAAAUAUAAUGUAAUCUUUAUAAUAGGCAUUCCUAUUUCUUAUGCAUUUUUUUAGUAACUGCCAUAUUAUCAAAAAAAUAAAGUACCAUGUAAAAUACAGUUUUAAAAUCCAAUAUACAUGGGACUACUGUUAGCGUGUGAUAUAUUUAUACUUACAUAUUAUAUAUUUAGGAAAGAAAAGAAAACUAUUUAAAGACGUGUUUGUAUACUAAAAUAUUUAAAAAGAAAUGUUUAAAACUAAUCCUACAAAUUAUUCAAAAAAGGAUUUAUUACCUUAAUACGUUUAAGUCGUAUUUGCUUAUUGAAAGAAUACAAAUAAACUUUUGAAUGUUUGUAUUCAGGUUGGUGUAAUAUUUAAUUUUUUUUUUGCAAUUUAAGAUUAGGUAGAGUACAUAGAAAAUUGCAAUUUUAAAUAGUUACUUAUGAAAGAUAGUAAAUACUUGUGCCAAACUGUAUUUUUUUCUGUAAUAUUGGCAAAUAAAAAUUUAUUAAGAGUAAUGGAAUAAA